AUGAAGAUGAGGGAUGGCAGAGGCAGCACAGAUGCAUACUGUGUUGCCAAGUAUGGUCAGAAAUGGGUCAGAACCAGAACACUGCUUGACACUUUCAGUCCUAAAUGGAAUGAGCAAUACACAUGGGAGGUUUAUGAUCCUUGCACUGUGAUAACAUUGGGUGUUUUUGACAACUGCCAUCUAGGUGGAGGAGAAAAAGCUCCAGGUAACAAUGUGGUCAGAGAUUCUCGGAUUGGAAAGGUAAGAAUAAGGCUAUCAACACUUGAAGCUAAUAGAAUUUACACCAGUUCUCACCCUCUUCUUGUUCUGCACCCACAUGGAGUUAAGAAGAUGGGAGAGCUUCAGUUAUCAGUGAGGUUCACAGCACUCUCCCUAGUUAGCAUGGUUCAUACCUAUGGCCAACCUUUGCUUCCGAAGAUUCAUUACAUACAUCCUUUCACAGUUAACCAAAUAGACAACUUAAGGUACCAAGCAAUGAACAUUGUGGCUGCGAGGUUAGGCCGAGCCGAACCGCCUCUGAGGAAGGAAGUGGUGGAGUACAUGUUGGAUGUUGACUCCCAUAUGUGGAGCAUGAGAAGAAGCAAGGCUAACUUCUUCCGCAUUAUGUCACUUUUCUCGGGUAUGCUCACAAUGGGAAAGUGGUUCAGUGAUGUUUGCCUUUGGAAGAACCAUGUUACAUCAAUCCUAGUUCACAUUCUCUUCCUUAUACUGAUAUGGUACCCGGAAUUGAUCCUACCAACAGUGUUUCUGUACAUGUUCUUGAUUGGUCUCUGGAACUACAGGUUCCGGCCAAGACACCCUCCUCACAUGGAUACUAAACUCUCCUGGACUGAAGCUGUUCAUCCGGACGAACUCGAUGAAGAGUUCGACACAUUUCCAACUUCUAGAUCACAAGAUGUUGUGAGAAUGAGGUAUGACAGGCUUAGAACUGUGGCAGGUAGGAUUCAGACAGUUGUUGGGGACAUAGCUACACAAGGGGAGCGGUUUCAGUCUCUACUGAGUUGGAGAGACCCCAGAGCAACCAGCCUCUUUGUAGUGUUUAGCUUUUGUGCUGCUGUGACUCUCUAUGCAACGCCAUUCAGAGUGGUGGCUCUGGUUACAGGUUUGUACUUUCUGAGACAUCCGAGGUUUAAGAGCAAGCUGCCUUCAGUACCAAGUAAUUUCUUCAAGAGGCUCCCAGCUAGAACAGAUAGUUUACUGUGA